GGGCCCCUCGUUGACGCCAUCGACGACCUGCAUUGAGAUCUCAGCGUUCAAGCCUCACACGCAGCCUGUCAAUUCCACGCUAAUCCUCCAAACAUACAUAUAAAGUCUGGUGACCUCUGGCUACUCUCUCACACUUCUCCCCCCCUCUUUCUUUGGCCGGAUCCCGCGCUUACUUGUCCUCCCACGCUUUUGCCAAACGCAAGGACGCCCCACGGUACCCGAGUCCAUGGCAGGGGAUAGCCCAAAAAGGAGAUCAAGGGCCAAUAGGCUUGUCUUCCCAGCAGCCGAACCUGAGUAUCGUGCGGCACGCCAACGAUGUGCUGAGGCUUGUGCGAGGUACAACGAUCAAGCAGAAUUUGCUUCGCCCGAGCAGCGGGCGCGGUUGUGGCAGCAGAUUGUUUUGGAACGACCCAAGGGAGCAACGUCGAAUCGAACAGCAGCUCACUCAGAAGGAGAAAUCCUGCCGACAGGUCGCAAAGCAGCCGGAAAUUUGAACACUAGAUCCGACAUUACCGCCGAUGAGGCCACACGCAAGGCUCCCCCGGCGGCCGGAUCAUCAGCCGUUGAGCCGGGGUCGUCUCAUUCGUCCGGCGACUCCCAGACCUCACCACGGCCCCAAUGUGUCUCCACGUCGCCAGAGGGCCGUCCCGCCAUCAAGGACACACCACCACCCAGCCCUGAGUUCGCGGACGUACAGCCCAAAGCCUCUGUACCAGUCGGCCAAGAAUCUGCGGUGGACGAGUAUGCAAUAUCGACACCGCCCCCAUCGCGCAAACCGAGUCGGUCGGAUCUCCUCGAUUCGGAGACCAGGGGCGGAGUCGAGUCGGUAGAGGGCGAGCAGGAGCACGAUCCAGCAGUAACGAAUCCAUUCAUCGUCGACGCCCCUUACGUGAAGCCGCCGGUGCAUAUUGAUUACGGGACGAAUUUGAUCGUUGGCGCCGGGACCUUCAUCAAUCGAAACUUUGUCGUCAUCGACUCACCAAUCUGCUACGUCCGCAUAGGCGAACGCUGUCUUUUCGGACCGAAUGUCACGCUCGCCACAGUCGAACACCCCCUGGAUGCUGACGAGCGGAGAGGGCCAAUUGGCGCUCCUUCCUUCGCGUCCGACAUUGAAAUUGGCGACGAGUGCUGGAUCGCCGCUGACGUUAAGAUUCUAUGCGGCGUCAAAAUUGGUUCCGGCUGUGUGAUAGGUGCCGGCAGCGUGGUAACCAAGGUAAGUCGUUCCUGUGCUAGGUAAACUUUUUUGUUACUACCCGUCUGUUCGUACCACCCUCGAGUACGUGUUUGGGUUCACGAAUUCGGAUGUUUGAUCAUCUCGUUGCUUCAAGCAGAACCCCACAAUCCUAACCAGAUCGACGGAUGGACGGUUGACUCGCGAGCAGGACAUUCCCAGUGGCUGCAUAGCGUACGGGAACCCUGCACGUGUUCGCAGGGUGAUCUCGCCUGGAUAUCAGCUGAGCGGUGAGACACCUAUCUGCUCCGAAGUGCUCGAUUCUGGUAAAUGCUCUCCCGAGGAACUAUGCGGAGGCAAUACCCAGACCACACAUCUGGUCCAUUGCGGCAAGACUUGUUCGUUACAGCAUUGCUCAAGUAGGGAAACUAGAGUACGUUCCAAUCUCGAGCUGGGAAAAGACGUGGCGUUGAUUCUUGUCGGGAUCUUCAGCCUCGCUCAUUGGAUUGGGUGCUUCAUGGGAUUAGCAUCCUAAUUCGCCGUGUGUUUUUUUUUUUAGCAGGGUAGCGAUCAACCACCUGUUAGCGAGGCGUCCUUGGGAAUACACUUUGGGAAGAUAUGGCGAAGCACUCUAGUCAUGGCAACCUUGCAAGAAUUCUGACUGGGGCCAUGCUGGUCUUGCUCUGUAUGCACGCGGACACAAACGCACACGAAAUUUUUUUUUUCUUUCGUUAAGUGCGAGCACCAACGCAUCUGUACAAGUAAGGGAGCAUCUACACAGAGUACGGAAUUAUGGAGUUCGGUACAAGGGCGAACGGUCAAUAAAAAUAUCGAUGUAAAGGGGGUUUUAAAAUCCAGGGACAGACAAAGAACAGAUCUUGUUCUUUUAUGCACAGUAAUACUUUAACAUCGGCACGACUAAUACGAUUAAAUCAGGGCAUCGGUUUCGCUGCCCAGGGCCACUUUGAACAUCCAACAUGCCUCACGACCGGCCAGCACCGCGUUACGCGUUGUGUUUUGCCAAUCCAUCGCGGUAAUUGUUCACCUCGACCGCUGCGUACGACAUCUGCAGGAUCAAGCUUACCUAAAGACGACACGGCCGGCAGGGGCGUACGUCAGAUAUCACCCCUGACCUUGUAUCGUGCAGAAGCACGUCCACUGGAGCGGUUCAGGAAGGACUACAAUGAGAAGCGCACAGGAUGAGCUCAUCCGGGUCUCGUACGAAGCUGAACUGGCAGCGUCAUUUGAUCCACUUCGAAGCGCCCUCAUCAGCUCAACAGGCACCUCCGUGUCAGACUUACGGGUCCGCCUUUUUUUGCUCGGCUCAUUCUCCAGGAUGGAGGUUGGUGAGCCACCGGGGCCUUAGUGAUAGCCCGGCGUUGAUGCCAGCGGACGCGCGACUGCCGGACAAAGUCUCCUUUGUUCUCGAGCUGUCAGACGAAAAAGAGGCUCCUGCAGAUUUGUCGAUCGUCGCAGAUCUGACCGGCGGCUGAGCAAGGGCAGCGAUGUGGAUCGCCGGGGCGAUACGGUUAGAUCCAGGCCGCUCUUCACUCCAAGGCUGAUGCGAAAGGCGUGAUUCGAACCAGUCGUCCGGUACGUCCUUGAAACAUUCGAGCGGCACAAGAUAGGGCACCCAACGGGGUGUGAAAGGCAUCAAGACGAGGAAUCUCUCUGCCUUCUCUCAACCGCAAAGGCGCUUUCCACCCGACCGUGGCGUCCUUAUCGGCAUCCACUGCAGAUGAAGCCAGACGACUCGCUCUCCCGUCUAUAACGGCUCGUCGUGUCUUUUCUGCGACUGUGCUGGACCCGCCCUCGGAAGGACGCAAGCACGACCGUUCAAGCCACCGGCUUUCCACGACCGUUCUGCAACUAGCCGAUCAUGCCGGCCUGGCCAAGCCAGGAGUGCAGAGAGGGGCGGCGAAGGAUUGCCAAAGGACAGAGCAACGAAGAUGAUCGAAGGCCCCGCCCAUCCUCAUCCACCGCACCCGCGUGGCAGGAUUGCCCUGUCCGGCCGUGUUUGACUCAUUUUAGCUCCAAGGACAUGCCGACACGAAGUGAGAGCGAAAGAGAGGGGGUGGUGUUUCCGUAGUGCGAGCGACGAGACGGGGGGAGAAUCACGCAAGACGAGCAUGUAUCACAAAGGACGAACGCUUACUCGAAACGCAUCCUCUCUCCUUGCCUUUUGCACCUCGUCACACGGCGUAGUUCUGCCGUCACACGUGAGCCCAGCAGAUGGAAGAGGCAUCCCCUCCCAACCCCGCCGCUUUCUUUUCGACGUUCGUCCCCAGCGACGGCCGCCGCUGCAGGAGUCUGCAGAAAAGAAUCGACAGGCCGAACAGCGGAACACCC